GAUUUGAUGGGUUGUUUUUUUUCCAUGGGGAAAUAUUUUAUUAUCAUUUGAAUGGUUUUCUUUUGCUAAGCUCAGUUUUGUCUGUGUGUAGAUGUCUGCGUCCUUGGGUUCUGGAGUAGCAAGCUGCUUGUCUAUUGCACGAUGGUAAAAUGAAGCUAGAUAUAUAGAGCUCUUCGUUGCACAUACGGUUUGACAACUAGUGAUUGUUUUUUUAAGUUGAGUAGUAAAUGUCCGAAUGUGCCACGUGUUGGAAUCAGUGGUCAGAGAUAUUUUCUCACAAGUAAACACUUGUGCACUAUGUCUCCAAAGAUUCAGUUUUUCGCAGGCUUAAUUGUAGGUCUAAGUUUGGCGUUGUCUCUACAUGUCUACAGUAAUGUGGAGAAUUUCUAUGAAGUUCAUCUGUCAGGAAUAUUUUCUAAUUUCAUGAAGAACAAGCGUCUGAUUUCAGCCAAAGACUUUGACAGAAGUAACGAAACUACAUGUCGAAAUGCAUCAGAGCUUUCGCUAAAAGGUGAUGAUAGCAUUGCUCAGGAACUCUACAAUAAAGUACGAGUGGCGUGUUGGAUAUUAACUUCUCCUUCCAAUUUGGACACAAAAGCUAUUUAUGUCAAAAACACUUGGAGUAAAAAGUGUCAUUUGGUUUUGUUUAUGAGCUCCGUUAAGAAUGACACUUUCCCUACAGUGGGUCUCAAGACGUUAGAAGGCAGGAAACAUCUAACCGCCAAGACUAUGCAGGCGUUCCAAUACUUGUACGACCACCAUUACAACGACGCUGAUUGGUUCAUGAAAGCAGACGAUGACACAUACGUCAUCAUGGAAAACCUACGCUACUUCCUGUCUGAAGAAGACCCUAGCCAACCUGUUUACUUUGGCCAAAAGCUCACGGCGUUCAUUAAAAUGGGCUACGCCUCUGGCGGAGCAGGAUACGUCAUCAGCAAGGAAUCUUUGAGGCGUUUUGGUCAAAGGGGCCAGAAGUUUAAGGAUACGUGCAAAGCGGACGACGGGUACGAGGAUGUGGAAAUAUCGAGAUGCCUGGAGAGUCUUGGCGUGAGGCUCGAGCCAAGUUUUGAUAGUCUACGCCGGCACCGCUUUCAUUUCACUUCUCCAGAGGAGUAUCUUAGGGCGACGUUUGCAACAGGUUUGGGCCCUAACGAAGAUUCCGACCUUCGUCGCAUGGGUAUUGGCAAUAUGAGCAACUACGCCAUUUCCUUCCAUUACGUCAGCGGACGCAAGAUGUAUGAUCUGGAGUUCUACAUCUACCACUUGCGUCCGUACGGAAUUUUAAAUGUGCCGCUGGCGCUGAAUGCGCGGCGUGGUGGCAGCCAGGACAAGAACAUGACAGAAAUGCAUAAAUUAUCUUCGUGGUCGAACUGAUGCACGCCACUUUCUCAUCAAAACAUGUAUGAGUGUAGGUAAUAGUACAUCUGUAGUAUGUCUUUGUAAGGGUGUGAAGUAAUCGGAAGUUUUCAAAAUGGGGGCAAGUCGAUGAGUAGCUAACUUUUCUGGCGUAUACGGUGUACUAGAUAGUUUGAAUGCUCUUUAUAGCACUGCAGAAUCACAUUUCUAAGCACUUUUCAAUGUCACUGACAUAGAUUAUGUGUCGAUUUAUUUCAAAAUGUCUCCCAAUAUUCAUCUUUUCAUAUGUUCCAUCACAUCAAACUAAAAUUAUCUAAAGCAAAAUGUAAGAAAUAUGUAUGUAUGUAUGUAUGUUUAUAUGUAUGUAAUUAUGUAUUUAUGUAUGUAUGUGUGUAGGUGAGUAUGUAUGUUUUUAUGUAUGCAUGUGUAUAUGUAUGUAUGUGCAUAUGUUUGUAUGUAUGUAUGUAAGGCUAAGGACAUAGAGAAAUGGAGAAGGAAGGUCAUCGAAUCUUGCGUGGUGCCCAAACGUCCAGCAGACUAAGGGAUAGGUAAAGAUAGAGGUUAAAAAAAAUAUGUAUGUAUGUAUUUUCGUAUGAAUGUAUGUAUGUAUGUAUAUGAGUAUAUAUAUGUGUGUGUUUGUGUCUGUGUGUGUAUGUAUGAAUGUAUGUAUUUAUGUAUGUGUGUAUGUAGCCCACGUUUGUGUGUAUGUAUG